AUGACAUUGAAUGCCUCUGAGAAUGUGCUGUUUGGGAUCGUCCACGGCGACGAGGGCGACUGCAAUCACACAGAAGCCUGGGAGUGGGUCUACACCAUGCAGCCGGCCUACAUGAGCGCUAUCUGCACGCUGGGCAUCGCUGGCAACGCCUUCGUCCUCGCCGUCCUCUGCCUGCAGCGGCAGCACCGCACCGUGGCCGACAUCUACCUGGGCAAUCUGGCCGUGGCCGACCUGUUGAUGGUCUGCUGCCUGCCCUUCUGGAUCAGCACCAUCCUGCACCACUUCAACUGGGCCUACGGGACGGCCGCGUGCAAGCUCGUGGGCCUACUGAUCGGGAUGAACUACCUGUGCACCGUGCUCUUCCUGACCGUGGUGAGCGUUGACCGCUACGCGGUGUUGGCCAAGCCGCUGACCCACCGGCCGAGGAGGCGCGUGACCGUGGCCUGGGCCGUGUGCGCCGGCGUCUGGGCGCUGGGCGGCCUGCUCAGCUUCCCGGCCCUCCUCUACCGCUCGGUGGACUUCAUCCCCGACCUGGGCGUGGAGGCUUGCCAGCUGGACUAUCCCCACCCGAGCUGGCGCAUCCGCUUCAACGUCACCGCCAACCUGGUGGGCUUCGUCAUCCCCGUGCCCGUAGUGGCGUUCAGCAGCUAUCACAUCGUGCGCAUCCUCAACGACAAACGUGUGCGCAGGAGCACCACGGGUCAUGUGGAGAGAAGGGCUGCCUUCCUGGUGCUGGUGAUGCUCGCUGUGUUCGUCCUGUGCUGGCUGCCCUUCCAGCUGGUCAUGUUCCUGGACACCUUGCACUACUACGAGAUCAUCUCUGGUUGUCACCUGGAGCACAGCUUGGACAUUUGGACCCAACUGGCCACCUACAUUGGCUAUAGCAACAGCGCCAUUAACCCCUUCCUUUACGUGAUUGUUGGCAAACACUUCAGGCAGAGGGCUGACACCCUUUUAAACAUAGUCCUGAGCUGUGAUAACAGACAGGCCAUUUUUGUAGACAAAUCUAGUGUAAGGUCUAAAUACACUGAGUGCAGCACGGUGUGA